AUGAGCCAGCAAUUCCCCUGGGGCUCUUCAAGUCAGCAACCCAGCGGACGGCGUGGCCUUACUCCCAUUUCAACCGCCUUCACCUCGACACGCUCCAACUCGGCUGCCAACAGCCCCUCGCGAUCCUCCUUCUCGCCCGUCAACAAUCCGCCCUCAGUCGCAUCGUCCGGCCCCCGGCGCAUCAUCAGCCGCACCUCGUCCGCCUCGUCGACGUCGUCGCCCUUCUCGCCCUCGCAAUCCGGAUUACAGCAGCAGCACACCCCGGGCCAGCUGCUGUCCUCCGGCCGCUCCAGAACCAUAGCUUCCCAGGGCGCUUCACAUUUAGCUUCCUCCGCCGUGAUCUUGCCUUCCGCAUCGCAAGGUGGUGGAGGUGCGCCAGGCACCAGCGGCGGAGGGAGCUCCAAAGUAGCUCGCGCGUCGCCCUCACUCUCGCAGUCGGGCAAUAUCGGCUCGCCGAGCAGCACGUCCACUGCAUCGGCCCCGUCUGGCCAGUCGCUCGCCAAGAUCGUCAUCGCACAGGUCUUCCUGCUCUUGAGCUCGCUCAAAGAAGAUAAGGACAAGACCAAGUGGGAGCAGCAGACGGAUCAGAUCCGCAAGCUAGUCAACUCGAACGGCAUGGAGGUCUUCUCAAAGUACUUCCGCCGCUUGCUCCAGAGCAAUGCGCCGCAGAUCUUCCCGGGCAACGCCAAGGGCGGUGACAACUCUGGCAGCUACGGCCUGCUUGUGGAAGAGAUGCACAAGAUCAUGCGUGACCCCCAACAAGCAUACAAGAUUGCCGAGUCAAUUGAUACGACCGAGGGCGAUCUCUUCAGGGACUUCGACCUGUCCACAUUUAUGGAGCAUUUCAAGUUGGACCCGGUCGCCAAGACAACCCUAGCUUUGGCGUGCAAGACCACGUCAAAGACGGAUCUGAGGACCAAGGCUGAUGCCAUUCUAUCCAACAACUACCAAAACUUCCUCAUGACCCUCGUCAACUCCCACCCCGACUCGCAAGAAGACAUUCCAUCCAGCAUUCUCGCCACCGACAUCGAUCGCCUGGCGCAAGAUCCUCCACGCACCUGGAACGACGAGAGCAAGAACAGUCUAAUGUUUGCCAUCCGCACGAAAUACGACAAAUCGACCGGCAUACUACCUCCAGACGUCACCGCGUCGUUGCACAUGUUCGAGCUACUCGAGAACCAAAACCCGCUCAUCAGGCAUGUCCAGCGUGCCGGACCUCGCGCAACCUCGAGCUUGGACUCGUGCAAGGAAAUGCUCGCCUCGGUCGAGGCUCGCGACAUCAGCUACCAGCAUGUUGCCAAUGCGCUUCUCUUCAUGGCAAUCACCCAGAACGGCCAAGCUUACAAUGCGAGCAACUUCGUGGCUGCGCUGCGGGAACACCGUGCGGGACAACGGUUGGAUUGGCAGGAUGUGGUACAUGCGUUCGACCGCGAGAACCUAAAGGUCACCACCCAACAGUUUCUGGCGCUGUACAACGCGUUCCUACCUUUGGCCCAAGAGUACGAGAACUUUGACAUUCAGCUGUUAUGGGGAGGGUCUUGGAACCAUCAGGAUACCCAACUUUCUUUCGUUGUGGCAUUCUUGGCUUGCUCUCCAGAAGACCUGGAUGUCACCCAAGUCCCUCGCUUGCGUAGAGCCUUCACGCUGGAGCAAUUCGAAGAUGCGUCUGAAGUGGUCAAGGAACGCGCAAAGGAAGUUGUGAAGCAUCCACUGGUCUCGCUAGAUGCGACAGCAGCCCUUUUCAACAUCAUUUUCCAGUCACAAGACACAUACAACAUUGCUCAACGUUCACAGAUCCCGCAGACUGUCAUCAACCAGAACACAGACAUCUUCGUCGUUGCCGCAUCCGCCGUACCCAAGCCAUGGGUUGGUCUCCAGGAAAUGGCCAUGCGUCAGCUCUUCGGACCUUUUGUUGAGAAACGUGUACCGAAUGUCUACAGCUUCGCACUCCAUGGUCUUUGGAAGCAAGAUAGCAUUUGGGUUGCCGCCAGGUUCCUGGACUUCUACAACGCCAAUCCUCUUUCCUUGACCACGAUCAUGGAGCAUGCGGCCGAACACGGUUGGAUUCAAGACCUCGUUGCGUUAAAUUCCGAUAUGAGCUUGGACCUGGCCGCUCUAGCGCAUAGGGAGGGUCUCUUUGACCUAGAUUUAUGGGCGCAGGACACCUUGAGGCAGAUCCCGGUCUUUCCAAGGGUUCUUGCUUCGUUCCUCAACAACAAGGCGGAGACGGAUCUGCAGGCUCAACGCGAGGGCGUUCCCCCUCCUAAUGUCCCAUUGGCGGUCAAGACUAUUCAUCCUCUUCUAAGCUUCCUUCAAGGACAUUUGCCCGACGAGGAGUUGGUUUCUUUGCAGCGGAUAUGCAUUGGUGCAUAUCCGAGGUUGAUCAACUACGGCGAAGGCUUUGACGAGAUCAUUGACGCCAAUGGUAAAGACGGUAACUCGAUAUCACCGGAGGCCGACAGGAAGAUGCAGGAACAUUACAAAAACAUGUACAGCGGCGAGAGUGACGUGCGUCAUUUCAUCGAGGAGCUGCAGAAGUACAAGGCAUCCGAGGACCCUGCGGACCAGGACUUGUUCGCUUGCAUGAUUCACGGCCUUUUCGACGAGUACAACUGCUUUGGCGAGUAUCCUCUGGAGGCACUGGCGACCACGGCGGUAUUGUUCGGCGGUAUCAUCCAGUAUAACCUGCUUUCUCGGAUCCCUCUCCAGGCCGGCCUAGCUAUGGUAUUGGAAGCGGUUCAGGAUUAUCCGCCGGAGGCUUCCAUGUACAAAUUUGGCCUGCAAGCGCUCUUGAACUUUUCCAACAGACUCCACGAGUGGCCUAGUUUCUGCGACCGCCUUCUCCGCGUGCCAGGGCUUCAAGGUACUGAAGUAUGGAACAAGGCCGAGGAAAUCGUAAGACGACAACGCUCUGGGGAGGCCAACGGUGAGACCAAUGGGGACGCACAGAACGGUGUCUCCUUGACGAAUGGGAGUGUGGAAGAAUUUGGCCAAGAGUCGGUGGUGCGUCAGUUCAGCUGUUUGCACGCCGACCCUCUGCUUCGACCGGAGAUAUACGAAGAUCCGGAUGAGGAGGUGCAGGACAAGGUCCUGUUCGUUCUCAACAACGUCUCGGAGCGCAACAUUGUCGAGAAGCUCAAUGAUCUCAAGGAGGCUCUGGAAGAGAAGCAUCACCAGUGGUUCGCCAACUAUCUUGUUGAGGAACGUGCGAAGAUGCAGCCCAACUUCCAGCAGUUGUACCUUGAUAUGCUCGCGCUCUUUGACGACCGGUUUCUUUGGGCCGAGGUUCUUCGCGAAUCUUACGUUUCCGUGAUCCGCAUGCUGAAUGCCGAGUCUACGAUGAACUCGUCAACGGAGCGCACUCAUCUGAAGAAUCUUGGCGGUUGGCUCGGCUCUCUGACAAUUGCCAGGGACAAGCCUCUCAAAUUCAAGAACAUCUCUUUCAAGGAUCUACUGAUCGAGGGUCAUGACACGCAGCGGCUAUUGAUCGUCAUUCCGUUCACCUGCAAGGUCCUCAUCCAAGCCAGCAAGUCGACGGUCUUCAGGCCCCCGAAUCCGUGGGUCAUGGAAAUCAUUCGGUUGCUCAUGGAACUGUACCACUUCGCUGAGCUCAAGCUUAACCUCAAGUUUGAGAUUGAGGUUCUGUGCAAGGGCUUGGACCUUGAUUACAAGAUCAUAGAGCCCUCCGACUGCAUUCGAUCUAGGCCUCUCCACGAAGAAGAGAUUUUGGGGCAGGCAAUACCUGAUGGUCUUGAGGGUUUCCAUGACUUGUCCUUGGUCGGCCUCAACCGCGCAAGAGCUGUAAACGACCGCUUUUCGCCCGCUGCAAUCCAAGCCUCCUUGCCGGACCUUGCUUCGGCUCUUGUCUACCCGCCUGCAUCCUCCAAUCUGGCAGCCACCAGCCGUCUGAGACAGAUUUUCCACACAGCAGCGCAAUCUGCCAUCGCAGAGAUCAUUGCGCCGGUUGUUGAACGUUCCGUCACAAUCGCCGCGAUCUCCACAUCGCAAUUGGUUGCGAAGGAUUUCGCUACUGAGGCUGACGAGAACAAGAUGCGCGAGGCUGCACACACCAUGGUCAAGUCCCUUUCCGGCAGUCUCGCGCUUGUCACCUGCAAAGAGCCGUUGCGCAUGAGCAUCAUGAACAACAUCCGCAUCUUGGCUCGGGAUCUUCCGGAGCAAGCCCUGCCCGAGGGUCUUAUCCUCAUGUUUGUCAAUGACAAUUUGGAUACCGUGUGUGGCAUGGUCGAGCAAGCGGCAGAGCAGCAAUCCAUUGCGGAAAUUGAUGUUCAAAUCGAAGGCGGCACCCGUGCCCGCCGCUACCACCGCAACACCAAUCCUCGCGAGCCCUUCAACGAUCCUCCCGUCAAGCACUGGGCCACGUUCAUUCCAGAGCCGUACAGGCAGAGUCCUGGAGGCCUCAACGCAGAGCAGCUGGCUAUCUACGAAGACUUUGGUCGUCAGGCUCGGGGUAUGUCUCAGGUCAACAACGCUUCCCAGGACAAUGGGCGCCAAAUGUCGGAGGUCCUGCAGGAGCAGUAUCCUCAAGUUCCGAACCUGCCUACUCCUGCGGAGCCCCCUGCUAUCCCUCGUCCAGGUUCUCAGGCCCCCACCCGUCUUCAAACCGCUCCACCGAUGUCGGCUACGAUGCCGCAGGCUCAACUCAAUGGUUAUGUCGAUACUCAGACCGCCAACGAUCGUGCAAUGUCUCACCUGCUGGAUUUGCAGCGCACCUCAAAGGAAGCUCAAGAGGAGCACAUCGAGGAUCUGGGGCCGUCUGCCCCUACCCGCGAUGCCUUCGAGCAGCUGAUCCAUGUCGUUGAGAGCUCAGGCAGCGUAAGGGACGCACUUUGCUUGGGUAUCGCUGGUCGUGUUGCCACUUACCUCUUCGCGGAGGCCGAGCGUCGUCUGGAGAUCGAAGUCUUGGUGCAGUUGGUCAUCCAGGUAUGCCAAAUGUCCGUCAACACCUCUCGACAGAUUAUGAUGUGGCUCGCAACCCUUGACAACGAGCGUUUGUUCAACGCCCCGGUUGUCAUCUGCAUGGUCACCGCCGGCCUUAUUGAUCUGCAUCGGGUCGAUAUGGCAGCAUCCAAAGCCAUCCAAGCGCGCAACCUGCACGCUUUGGAUUUCCUCUCCCAGUUCAUGGACGAAAUCGUCCUGGGAACCAGCCCUGCGGCUUUCCGCACGGACUUUUCCAGGUCGCUCGAAGCUCUGACUCAAUGGCUUUCUGAGGAUUCUGAUCUGGAGGUUGGCAAACUGAUCAUGUCCAAGCUUCAAGUGCCUCAGGAGCGCAUGCCAACUCCUCCCGACGCAGGUGGCAAAUAUCAGGUUGAGUACGUGUUCGAAGAGUGGAUUCAUCUCGUCCGCUACACCCAACGCCAAGCUCCUUCUGAAAGGAUGAUCGCGGUCUUCAUCAACCAGCUCCAUGCCCGCGGUUUCCUGAAGAGCCAGAACGACUCUGCGCACUUCAUCCGUGUCUGCAUCGAAGCCUCGGUUGAUGCGUACGAGCGUGAGGAGCUUGUUGCCUUCCCUAGCUUGGACGCCGCUUACAUCUCCGUUGAUGGCCUGGCCAAGCUUGUCGUGUCUUUGGUCGUUUACCAGAGCGAAUCCGAGGGCGCCACCCUUUCCAAGAAGCCGGGCUACCUUGAGGGAAUCUUGAGCUUGAUCAUCAUGGUGCUGAUCCACCACCAACGUACCCGCGGCGAGCGACUCAACCAGAAGGUGUUCUUCCGCCUCUUCAACUCCAUCAUCUGCGAGCUUCACGAUGCGAGAGACAUACUCCCUGGCCUUGAGCCUGAGUUCAUGUUGGUUAUGGGCAGGGCUCUCCUGGUGCUUCAACCCAAGCACCUCCCUGGUUUCUCCUUCGCUUGGCUCACCUUGGUUUCGCACCGCAUGUUCAUGCCUGUCAUGCUCAAGCUGGCCGACGAUACCAGGUGGAACCUCUACGCCAAGCUCACCGAGAUCGUCCUCUCUUACGCGGGCAAUCUCAUGAAGCCGGUGGAGCCCAGCAUUGAAGCCCGCAACUUCUACCGUGGCGUUUUGAGGGUUCUCCUGGUGAUCCACCACGACUUCCCCGAGUUUCUGGCUGAGAACCAUUUCCGCUUGUGCAAUGCGAUCCCGAUGCACUGUACGCAGUUGCGCAAUCUGGUCGUGAGCGCCUAUCCAUCGUCCUAUCCGGAGCUUCCUGAUCCCUUCACUGCGGGCUUCAAGGUAGACCGUCUCGAGGACGUGAGGAAAGCGCCGGUUGUUCGUUGCGACAUUGAAGAGCCCCUCAAUCAGCAUGGCGUCAAAGAUAUUGUCGACAACCUUCUCCAGUCGACCGAGCAGAACCCGGAGGAGAUACAGACGCUGUGCGACGCCAUCAAUGGGCCUCUGCGUGAGGAGACUGGGCUAGCUUUCGCCCCAGUUCUUGUUGACACUCCCCUUCUGCACUCGAUAGUCCUCUAUGUCGGUAGCAACGCUGUUUCCACUGCUGGCAAGGGCCCCGUUUUCAGCGCUACCUCCCCUCACGCGAAGCUUUUGGAGAACCUUGCGAAGGAGCUGCGGCCUGAAGGUCGCUACCACUUCCUUAGCGCCAUGACUAACCAGCUGCGUUGGCCUAACAGUCACACUCACUGGUUCAGCUACGCCAUUCUGCACCUUUUCGGUAGCAGCAGCGACCAGAUCAGCCUUGACGUCAAGCAGCAGAUCACGCGCGUCCUCCUCGAGCGUCUUCUGGUGCACCGCCCGCACCCUUGGGGCCUGAUCAUCACGCUGCUGGAGAUCCUCAAGAAUCGCGACUACCAAUUCUGGGAGCUGCCUUUCGUCAAGGCGGCACCUGAGGUCGAACGCCUCUUCGGAGCCCUGUUCCAGCACAUUAACCAGAGCCCGAGGGCCAUCUCGUAA